AUGCCUGCAGACAGAGAUGACGAGAUUUGUCGAAAAGCACUUGAACUCCUCUCAGACCUUUGUUCUAGGGGCGAAGUGCCGAAUGAGAACUGCCUGGAUUUCACAUACUACUUCCGAGAUCUCGCCAGGCCACGCUACUCAGAUUCAGAUGUGUCGGUGAGCCUGCUGUCUCUGGUGGUUACAGCCUGCGGUCUAGCCCUGUUUGGAGUCUCUCUCUUUGUAUCAUGGAAGUUGUGCUGGAUCCCGUGGAGGGAGCGUGCUCUGUCCCCCACCAUCAAAGACGCCACAGGACACCUCAUCCCCACCCUGAGCCCUCUGCCCCCCCAGCUUGCCCCGAGGCAGCCAGUCUACACGGCAGUCGACCCGCCAGCACACGACCGCCGUAAGUCCUCUCACUGCUCCACGGCUCCAGAGCCCACUCCAGUGGCAUCAGUGGUGUCUGUGGAGGCCCCGAUGUCCCCAAUGUCACCCCCUCCUGAGGUCAAAGCCCCUCCUGAAGUUGCCAUGAAGAUCAGCCACACAUCUCCAGACAUACCACUGGACGUGGAAUGUAAGACCAGGGAGAAUGGCGUCCACACCACACCACGAAUACAGCGGCAGACCACUGAGCCAUCCUCAAAUGGACAAGGCUCCAUCCGAAGACACAUGAACCUGUCCAACCCAGACUUUAAUGUGGCCCAGUUCCAGCGGCAGGACUCCCUCACAGGGAUGGGUCUAGGUUUGGGGCGCCUGAAGCCUGAACUGUACAAACAGCGCUCCCUGGAGGGUGACGACGGUAGCCGCAGAGGCAGCAGCUGUGGACGACUCCAUUUUAUUCUUAAAUUUGACUGUGACCUGGAACAGCUAAUUGUUAAAAUUCAUAAAGCUGAGGAUCUUCCUGCAAAGGACUUCUCUGGUACUUCCGAUCCUUAUGUAAAAAUCUACCUGCUCCCGGACCGGAAAACCAAGCACCAAACAAAAGUCCACAGAAAAACACUGAAUCCAGUAUUUGAUGAAGUCUUCUUGUUCCCGGUGGCAUAUUCUGAGCUUCCAACACGCAAGCUACACUUUACGGUCUACGACUUUGACCGCUUCUCACGUCAUGACAUUAUUGGUCAAGUGAUGGUGGACAACUUCUUGGAUCUUGCUGAUUUCCCCAGGGAGACCAAACUGUGCCGCGAUGUCCAAUAUAUGAGCUCGGACAAUGUGGAUCUUGGGGACCUGAUGUUCUCUCUCUGCUACCUGCCGACAGCAGGCAGACUCACCAUUACCAUGAUAAAGGCCCGUAAUCUCAAGGCUAUGGACAUCACUGGUGCUUCUGAUCCCUAUGUGAAGGUUUCUCUAAUGUGCGACGGCCGGCGACUGAAGAAGAGGAAGACGUCGACCAAGAGAAACACACUGAAUCCCAUUUAUAAUGAGGCCAUUGUCUUUGAUGUGCCUCCAGAAAGCAUUGAGCAAAUCAGCCUUCUGGUCGCAGUGAUGGACUAUGACCGAGUGGGCCAUAAUGAAGUAAUCGGAGUGUGUCGGAUUGGCAACGAUGCAGAUAACCUCGGCAGAAACCACUGGAAUGAAAUGCUCACAUAUCCCCGCAAACCAGUCGCUCACUGGCACCCCCUGGUGGAGUACCAGGGAACAAGCAGCAGCCAGGGAGGAUCGUGUAAUUCCUUGAAGACUCCUCCAUCUCCCUAG